AUGCCGAAAGCCGCCAAGAACAAGAAGAAUGCCGCAGGGUCAGGCGGCCCGUACGCCGCCGCCGCCGCCAAGUCGAAAGCCGCCAACGCCAUCUUCAAAUUCAACACCGACCUUGGCCAGCAUAUUUUGAAGAACCCGGGUGUCGCACAGGCAAUUGUAGACAAGGCAGACCUCAAGCAGAGCGAUGUCGUUCUCGAAGUCGGUCCCGGUACCGGUAACCUGACGGUCAAGAUUCUCGAGAAGGCAAAGAAGGUCAUCGCCGUGGAAAUGGAUCCGCGCAUGGCGGCAGAGGUCACAAAGCGUGUACAGGGCACGCCGGCGCAGAAGCGGCUCGAGGUGAUCCUUGGCGACGUGAUCAAGACGCCGCUGCCGUACUUCGACGUCUGCAUCUCCAAUACGCCCUACCAAAUCUCGUCGCCGCUCACUUUCAAGCUGCUCGCGACACUGCCCGCGCCGCGCACUCUCAUCCUUAUGUUCCAGCGCGAGUUCGCCAUGCGCCUGCUCGCCAAGCCCGGCGACAAGCUCUACAGCAGGAUCAGUGUCAACUGCCAGAUGUGGGCCAAGGUCGACCACAUCCUCAAGGUCGGCAAGAACAACUUCAACCCCCCGCCCCAGGUCGAGUCGUCCGUCGUCCGCAUCGUGCCAAAGAACCCGCGCCCGCAGAUCAGCUACGACGAGUGGGAUGGGCUGCUCCGCGUUUGCUUCGUCAGGAAGAACAAGACGCUCAGGUCGAGUUUCUUCGGAACGUCCAGCGUCAUGGAUAUGCUGGAGGCCAACUACAGGACUUUCUGCGCCCAAAACGAUAUUCCGCUGGACGACGGACCGCUCGACCCUAACGACGCUACUAUGGAAGUUGAGGAGGAGCAGGAGGAAGAAUGGAAUGGCAUUGAUGAGGAUAUGGAUAUUGAAGAGGACGACAUCCCCGCAUUUUUCAAGGAGGAGGCAGCUGAGAAGGCGAAAUUGAAGAAGAGCCUUACGCCAAGGAAGAAGAAGGGCAAGGUUGCUGAACUAGUGCGCGAGAAGGUUCGCAGGGUGCUUGAGGAUGAGACGGAUCUUGCGGAGAGGCGUGCGAGGAUGUGUGAGGAGGGCGAUUUCCUGAAGCUGUUGUAUGCCUUCAACAAGGAGGGUAUUCACUUUAGCUGA